AAUCCAAAAUCGUGUUUUGGAUUACCAUUCUCGCAAAAGGAUUUUGGAGAGUCAUUGCCAACUUGUGAGUCGCUGUCACCUUGCCUUGCUCCUUGUGUUCCUCAGUCGCACUGUACAACCAAAAGCCGACAAGAUGAGUAUAAUGUCCUAUAACGGAGGCGUCGUGGUCGCCAUGAAGGGGAAAGAAUGCGUCGCCAUCGCAGCCGACCGGCGUCUCGGCGCGCGUGGCCAUACCAUUGCGCUGGACUUCGACCGUAUCUUCGAAAUGGGCCCCAAGCUUUACUGCGGCCUGCCGGGCCUUGCCACCGACACGCAGACGGUGGCGCAGAGGCUUAAGUUUCGUAUAAACUUGUACGAGUUGCGCGAAGGCCGCUCGAUUACGCCCAAGACGCUCGGCUCGGUCAUCUCCAACCUGCUGUACGAGCGCCGGUUCGGUCCGUACUUCGUGCAGCCCAUAGUGGCCGGCCUCGACCCCGUGACAAACGAGCCUUACAUCUGCGUCAUGGACCUGAUCGGUUGCAUCGACGAACCGACUGACUUCGUGGUCUCGGGUACGUGCGAGGAGCAGUGCUACGGCAUGUGCGAGACGCUGUGGGAGCCCGACAUGGGGCCCGACGAACUCUUUGAGGCCACUGCGCAGGCACUCAUGAAUGCCUUUGACAGAGACUCCAGCUCGGGUUGGGGCGGUGUUGUGCACGUAAUCGAGAAGGAUAAGGUCACCACCAAGUACCUCAAGACCAGGAUGGAUUGAAAGGAACAUUUCCGGCUGCGUAUCUCCAUUUGCGCGUCUGAAGUCUCUGUAACGCCAUCCUUCGUGCUAGGAAUAAAUGCACACUUUUUUUUUUUCAAAAA